CAGUGCUUCAGUUUAACACUGUUCAUCAAAAUGUUUACAUCUAAUUCAAAUUAUAAGCUUUGUUUUUAUAAAUGACUGACGCUUAUUAAAUGUCAUAAACACAGCAGCUGUGCAAUUGUGCACUGUGCUGUAAAUUACUAGGUCAUAGAAAUGCGGACAGUUAUGGUUUGUUUAUUUUUUAUUAACACUGUGUCUAGUUUACCAAUUAAUCAGAAAGAUUCAAACGAUUCAUUAUCAGAGGAAAAUAAAAUAAUUGAAGUUGCUCCAGGAGAUACAGCUAUUCUUCAGUGUCCAAGUAAUGAUGAUGAACAUAGAUUUCAGUUUUGGUGGUUCAAACCAAAUAUAAUGAUUGGUCCAGGACACGACAUAGGUCAUUCUAAAUUCAGAUAUGAAGUGCUCACAGGGACUUUAUUCAUUAAGGAGGUAACAUCUGAAGAAAUUGGCGUUUAUACUUGCAUUUGCAAGCACUUAGAAGGCGAAACAUUGUUUGUAAAAUCUGUACAGUUAGCAAUAAAAAAAGACUGGGAAGAUGUAUGGGAGCAUGAUUACACAGUUAAUAUGGUUCGAGUGGUCGCUGUAAUUAGUGUAUUGGUUUUGAUAACUUUAUUAAUGUACUUAUAUUAUUUAACAACCUACAAGACGAGCAAUAGAACAUUACAUUUUAGAGAAGAUGAUUCCGAUGAAGAUAUUUCCAAAGAUAAACAAAUGUAUAGAAAGACUAAUGUUACAAAAGACAACAUUUUCCACCAUGGUAUUGACAAUCCUACUUUAGAAAAUGAUGUUGAUCUAGACAAGAUUAAAAAUGAGACAAAAACUUAAUUCUAGAAAUAAGAAUAAAUAAAUAUUUUUAUAACAUUUAACUUUUAUUAUUAUAAAUAAAUAUUAGUUAUUAAAAAACAAAUAA